AUGCCAAGACAAGCCCAGUCCUGCAUCUUCCUCUAUCUUCCCAACGCCGACGCCGCCGCCGCCGCCGCCGCCGCCGCCGCUUCAUCGUCCCGCCCCGUCGUCUCCGCCCUCUCCUCACCUGCUCUCCCCCCAGUCCCCACCCACCUCGCGCUGAACCCUACGGGAGCAUCGGCCAUUUCCACCGCUGCCGCUGCCUGCCGCGGCGUUCUGUCGGGGUCGGUCUCCUCCAUAGUAGCCGACACGGCGGCCGGGUACCACCUCCUCAGGAUCGACGGUUACUCCCUCACCAAGGACAUCCCCACCGGCACGGCUCUCACUUCCAACCAGUUCACCGCCGCUGGCCACCGCUGGCGCAUCGAUUUCUACCCCAACGGGAAGUCCGCCAAAUCCGCCGAUCACAUAUCGCUUUUCCUCUUGCUGGACGAAAAGACCAACGCCACCAAGAGUGUGAAGGCGCGAUUCCAUUUUCGUUUUGCCGACAGGGUGAGGAAGCAAUCAUCGCAGGCAUUGACCGAAGUAAGGACUUUUGGCGGUGAGGGUUCUUGGUCUUGGGGUUAUAGGAAGUUCAUCAGAAGGGAAUAUUUUGAGAAGUCCAAGGAUCUCAGGGAUGACUCGUUCACCGUCCGGUGCGACAUUGUUGUCGUCCGCGAGGUCCGCGCCGAGAAGACGACCGAGAUCCUGCCCGCCAACGCAUUCGUGUCCGUGCCCGCGUCCGACAUGGGCCAGCAGCUUGGCGACCUGCUGGCGAGCGAGAAGGGCGCCGACGUGGUGUUCCAGGUCGGCGCCGAGACGUUCGCCGCGCACCGUUGCGUGCUCGCCGCGCGGUCGCCGGUGUUCGCGGCGGAGCUCUACGGCCCCAUGAAGGAGGGCGACGCCGCCCGCGGCGUCGUGCGCGUCAAGGGCGUGGAGGCGCAGGUGUUCGAGCUGUUACUCCGCUUCGUGUACACCGACUCGUUGCCGGAGGAGGAGGAGGACGACGCCACGUGCCAGCAUCUGCUCGUCGCGGCGGAUCGGUACGACCUGCAUAGGCUCAAGCUGAUCUGCGAGGAGAGGCUGUGCAGAUCCAUUGGCGUCGACACGGUGGGGAACAUCCUGGCACUCGCCGAUCAGCACCACUGCGACGGGCCGAAGAAGGCGUGCCUCCAUUUCCUCAGCUCGCCGGUGAAUCUGAGCGCAGUCGUCGCCGCCGACGGCUUCGAGCAUCUGAGCAGGAGCUGCCCCUCUCUUAUGAAAGAACUGCUUGCUGUGGUAGCAUUUUCACGGGGUGAUGCUUAGCCUUAGCGUCUUAGUGCUCGUGUGUUCUAAGUUCUAACAACCCGGUCUGGUUCUAAGUUCUAACAAUAGUGUGGCUUCUGGUUGCUGAAUCUGAACCUUUGCCAUCAGGUAAUUCUUCUGAACCUGAACUGAACCUUUGUCACGCAGGCAAGCAGCUGAAUUCCCUGUGUAUAUCAGUAUGAGAUCUAUAUGAAAUUAUGACUACAUUAUCGUAAGCAGAAGCUAGAAAGUAUGUCCAUUUCAUGUUUGCAUUUUUUUAAUUAUAUUCAU